AUGCUCUGGCAUGAGGCAGGAGCUCAUUUCGGGCUGGGGGGGGCAUCGGCCAGUGCCGCACCCCUGAUCUCCUUCAACGAAGCGCUGCAGUACUUCCAGACAGCCGACCUCUCCGAGUGCAGGAAGAAAGUCCGGGCAACGGUGCGCAGGCAAGGCCUGGCUGCUCUGCUUCACUUCCUCUUCGGUCCUCCCCGGCUCCAGCCGCAGCUGCAGGGAGAGCGGGAGCUGGCUCUGGCCAUGGCACAGUGUGGUUUGGAUGAUAACGAGAGAGUGCACAUGAGAAUCCUGCAGACCAUUUAUAAGAAGCUAACCCGCUCCAGGUUGGGCUGCCCACGCUACGGGGCGCACUGGGAAGAUCUUGGCUUCCAAGGUGCGGAUCCCGGCACUGACCUGCGCGGGACGGGGAUGCUGGGCUUGAUGCAGCUGCUCUACUUCGUCACGGACUCACAGACGCUGCCUCUGGCGCAAGAAAUUUUCAAGCUAUCCCAGCACGAAACCCAGAAUUUCCCCUUCUGCAUCAUGUCUGUGAACAUCACCCACAUCGUCAUCCAGGCCCUGAGGGAGGAACAUCUCUCCAGGGAGUGCAAUCGCAGGCAGCAGGUCAUUGCCGUACUGAACAACCUGUACGCGGCAGCCUUUCUGCAGCUCUACCGUGUCUGGAAAUGGCAGCACAAGACCGUCGCUGACUCCAGCUUCCUCCUAAAAGGUUUGUUUCCCCAUGCUUUCCCCUCCUUUCCCUGCCAAGGAAAAACACAGUGCAUUCCCAGAACGUUUGUGUCCUGCAGAGCCCAACCCCAAGGGGUGUAAUGACCAGAAAGCCUCA